UGCCGGAAGAGGUGUGAUCAAGGCCCAAAGGGAAACACAAUAUUUCAUAGUGAUUUUCUGCGAUUCACAGAACACAGACGAGGGACAUUAUGUCGUUUGAGAAAGGACGCAUAUUUUCUACCUUACCAAAGACUGUGAGAGGUGUUCCGACCGUGUUAAAAGGCGAUCCAAAGGGAAAAAAUUUCCUCUAUACCAAUGGUACCAGUGUUAUAAUUCGCGACAUUGAGAAUCCUGACAAUGCUGACAUUUAUACCCAACAUGCCAAGGACACAACUGUGGCAGUAUAUGCGCCCAGUGGAUUCUACAUAGCAUCAGGAGAUGUUUCUGGAAAGCUUAGAAUCUGGGACACCACUCAGGCGGAGCAUAUAUUGAAAUAUGAAUACCAACCUUUAAGCGGUGCCAUUAAAGAUAUUGCUUGGUCUGAGGAGAGUAAGAGGAUUGUUGUUGUUCGAACAGGCAGGGAAAAAUUUGGUAAACUGUUCCUAUGGGAUAGUGGGUCUUCAGUUGGUCAAAUCACUGGACACUCCAAGGAUAUUAAUGCGGUGGAUUAUAAACCCACUCGUCCAUUCCGCAUCUGUACUGCGAGUGAAGACAGUGAUGUUGGCUUUUAUGAGGGGCCACCCUUUAAAUAUCAUCAUGCAAACAAGAGCCACACCAACUUUGUGAACUGUGUGAAGUACUCUCCAAAUGGGGAACAUUUUGUGUCUGGGGGUGCUGAUGGCAUGAUUUUCCUCUACAAUGGUAAGACCGGAGAGGAAAUUUGUGCCUUGGGUGGAGGUAAAGCUCACAAAGGGGGUGUGUAUGGGAUAUCAUGGAGUCCAGACAGUAAAUUUGUUCUCAGUGCCUCAGCAGACAAGACUGCCAAAAUAUGGGACAUAGCCGCUAAUAGUGCUUCAAUGGAGUUUACAUUUGGCACAGACCUUGAACAUCAACAACUUGGCUGCUUGUGGCAAGGAGAAUACCUUCUUACUGUUGCUCUCUCCGGAAAUAUCUGCUAUUUGGAUAAGAACAAUCCUUCUUCUCCAAGCAGGAUUAUUAAG